AUGAGCGAGGACUCUUUAAUGGACAUCUCAUCCGAGAUGGAAAGGCUAGAUGCCGACUGUAUAAUCUUCUACGGGUCUGAAACGGGCACCGCCGAGAGUUACGCGACUCGGCUGGCCGCGGAUGGUCGAGGGCGAUUCGGCCUUGAAACAGUCGUCGCCAAUCCCGCCGACUACAACUUUGACACACUCGACAAGGUCGCCAGUGAUAAAACCGUCGUAUUUGUCCUGGCGACAACUGGCGAUGGCGAGCCGACAGAAAACGCCGCAAACCUCUUCGCCAGCGUUGCAGGAGAGGCACCAGCCCUCCUCAGGCUGGGAAGCUCGCCGCUCCAGUCUCUCCAAUUCAUGAUAUUUGGCCUCGGCUACAGCACCCACGACCAUUACAACGCCAUGGCCCGAAGCAUCAACCACGCUCUUGUCCAUCUCGGCGCAACACGCAUAGGCGAGCUAGGCGAGGGCAACGACGGCGAGGGGACCCUGGAAGAAGAUUUCCUCGCGUGGAAAGAAAAAGCAUGGACUGCUCUCGAACACGUCAGGGUCCUACGCCGUAACGACCCCGAACACGUAUAUGCUUUGGACGUAGUCGAGCAGCCGUGCCCCAGCAAGGACUCGACUAUAGUCUACGCCGGCGAGCACAAUGAGCAGCAGUUGAAGGGGUCUACAAGCGGUCCGUUUGACAGCCAAAACCCCUUCAUUGCCCAAGUAUCAGAGAUCCGAGAGCUGUUCCAGUCCCCGGAACGAAACUGCCUGCAUUUGAACAUCGACCUCGCCGGCAGCGACCUCUCCUACCACACGGGCGACCACGCCGCCAUAUGA